AUUUUGCAAACAUCAGGAAUUCUUUGAUGUCUGAAGACUAGAUUUAGAGAGGAUAAGUGUUUCACUGUUUACUGCAAAUAUGAAGCUUCGUUUGAAGCUUGUGAUUCAAGCCUCCACAAAAAUAUAGCCAACAACGUCAUAGCUACACAAUGAGUCUUUCAGCUUUUUCCUAAAUGUUGAAGAUGAGAUAUUAUUAAACAGUUAGUUCAGGCUUCGACAGUUUUCUACGUGGAAGGAAGUACAAUGGGCAACACCCAGUCGAACGCCAAAGAGUCACUCAUGUCCUACUGUGACUCCGAUUCCCCAUACAGUCUGACUUGGGAAAUACCCAAAACAAUUUUUUUUUUUUUUUUUACUAUGAUCAAAUUGCAUAACCAUAGUAAAACACAGCAGGAUGUCAUAUUUGAAUCUAAAAAGUGGAACAGAUUACUGUAUUAAUUUACAGACUCACCAGACUGGAUAGGGUGUGAAUCCUUCAUAGCCCAAGAAUGAAUCAUUUCUCCCGCUGUGUGUGUGUGUGUGUGUGUUGUGGAGAGUAAAAUCUGUGCUUUAAAAGAAGCAGACGAUUUACUCCAAAAAAAACAUCUCCAUAACUUCUCUGGAACCACAACACUGAGACAUGUCUGAGCUGGAGAAAGCAAUCAUGGCCAUAGUGGAGAUGUUUGAGGUUUAUGCAGGUACAGAUGAGAAGAAGUCCCAGCUCAGUAAGGCUGAACUCGGACAGCUCAUUAAAGCCCAACUGACCAGUCCUGAAUUUAAGGAUAAAGUGGAUCCAGAGAAUAUUAAGGAGGUGAUGGAAGAACUGGAUAAGAACCAUGAUGGAGAAGUGAACUUCCGUGAAUUCAGUCAGUGUAUUUGUGGUCUAGCCAGGGCCUACUAUAUGAAGAAGCACGGCAAGGAAACGGGCAGAGGGAGGGGCAGAGGGGGUCAGGAUAAGUGAACACACAUUUCUCACAUGCCCAAAGUAAAAAAUCUCCCAAAGUACCUCUCAGUGUCCCACACUGUAUGUUUUCAUGUUGUAAACAAUUUGAUAUGACGUUAGACAGUAUAGCACAAUAAAAAAAAUGGUGUUAUGACAGAAUUGUGCAAAAUGCUGAUCCUCUCUUGUAUUUACUUAUAGACAUUUAGCAAAAGUGUAAUUUGUAGUUCUGUUGACACUAAUAAAACCCCACUUGUGUACUCAUAA